UCCAUGGCUUAAUUAAUUGCUUAAUUUUUCGAUAUUAUCGUAAAAUGUCUGAUACGGCUUUACCUGAAACAUUACAAGGACGUUUACACAUGUUGGACGAACUUACGGAAUUCACAGAAAGUUGUCAUACACAGCUGAAACAACUUUUUGACACAUUGGGAUGGAGCCAAGACGUGGGGCUAGACUCUCUGCAGACUAUGGAAACAUGCCCCAUCGACCCAAAUCACACAGUUCCAAGUGUGAGUAUGGAGAGACACAAAGCCGCCUGUCAGCGCAGCCAGCUGUGUUACUCCAAAGAAGAGCAGGAAGAGAUGUAUGAUCCUACAGUGUACUAUGAAAAGGCUAAUAUUCCCAGUAUAAGUAUGGAUAAGGAUUCACAGAGUCAAGUGAUUCUCCAAGCUAGGGCAAAUGCUCCACCAGAAAGAUCAAUGGAACUUUAUGGCCAAAGUGAUUACUCAGCAGAUCCUCCUGAUGUACCUCAGAAUCACAAGCGAGCCAUUUGUGACCUCACAGUUGCCGACCGACUGGCUCUUUAUGAUAAUGUGAUACAGGAAGCCAGCCAACAGAAAGUCAAAGCCGAGUCUGCUGCCACUGAGGACCUUUAUGUGGAUUUGAUUGCAAAGCUUAAGAAAGACGAGGCUCAGAGUGGUCCGAAGUCUCACCUAGAGGUCUUGGCUGAGAUGAGGGACUACAGAAGACGCCGGCAGUCGUACAGAGCUAAGAACGUUCACAUCACCAAGAAGUCCUACACUGAGGUUAUUCGAGAGGUGAUUGACGUCCACUCCAGUGAACUGGCCAGAGUGUGGCAAGAGGAGGAGAAAGAGCAGGAAGAAGAGAAGGAGUCCCACACAUCCAAACACUCUACUCACAGGAUGGGGUCAGAGGACAGACGCUCUGCCUCUGAGGAGUCACACGAAUCUCAUGGCAGCUCCAGAGGCGAGCACAGCUCCCGCAGCAAGCACCAUCGCAAACGCAGCCGCAAACGCAGCCACAAAGGCAGCCGAGAGAAGAGCCAGGAGCGCAACAGAGACAAAGAGAGCAGCUCAAGGAAGAGGGACAGAGAAUCUCAGUCCCCUGAAGAAAGACACAGGGAACACAAGAAGAAAAAGAAGAAGAAGAAAUAAAUUCUUAAAAUCCCAAAGGAAACCUUGACGUGAAGACAUUCAUCUCUUCUAUACUGAGAAUAAGAAUGUUCUAU